AUGGGAGGUAUAGGAAAAACAACUCUAGCUCAACUUGUAUACAAUGAUGAAAUGGUGCAAAGCUCUUUUGAAAUUAGAGCAUGGACUUGUGUUUCUGAAGACUUUGAUGCUGUUAGAGUGACUAAAGCAAUUCUGAAAUCUGUCACCUUUGCAAGUCGGAAGGACAAAAAUGAUUUGGAUUUGUUGCAAGUCAAACUACAGGAGAAAUUGAAAGGCAAGAAGUUUCUAAUAGUUCUCGAUGAUCUUUGGAAUGAGAAAUACCAUGAUUGGACUAUCCUACGUGCUCCUUUCCUAGCAGGGGCUUCAGGAAGUACAAUUGUCGUCACAACUCGCAAUGAGGGAGUUUCAUCAAUGACGGGUACCGUUCAAGCCUAUCGUUUGCAAGUGUUGUCAAAUGAUGCUUGUUUGUUUGUAUUUACCCAACAUGCAUUGGGGGCAAGCAACUUCGAUGAACAUCCAAACCUUCAAGAUAUUGGUGAAAAAAUGGUUGAAAGAUGUAAAGGCUUGCCUUUAGCAGCAAGGACCCUCGGAGGCCUCUUGCGCACUACACAGGACCGUGAUGAGUGGGAGGAAGUACUUACGAGCAAGAUAUGGAAUAUACCAGAUGAGAGAAGUGGAAUUGUUCCAGCUCUUAUGUUAAGCUACGACCAUCUCCCUUCACAUUUAAAAAGGUGUUUUAUGUAUUGUUCAAUACUCCUCAAGGACUAUGAAUUUGAAGAAAAGCAGUUGGUUCUGUUAUGGAUGGCAGAAGGUUUAAUUCAGCCACGAGAGGGUGACAAGGAAAUGGAAGAUUUGGGUAGCAAGUAUUUUCGUGAUCUGUUGGCAAGGUCCUUUUUCCAACAAUCAAGCAACGAUAGAUCACAAUUUCUGAUGCAUGACCUCAUCAACGAUUUGGCCCAAUGGGUUGCGGGAGAUAUAUGCUUUAGAAUGGAGGAUCAAAUCAAGGGUAGUAAUGGAAGGAGACUUCCUGAAAAGGCUCGACACUCUUCUUACUUGGGUGGGAGAUACGAUGUCGCUAAAAAGUUUGAGUCUUUUUUUGAACUCACAUAUCUUCGUACCUUCCUCCCACUUCCACGUCCCUGGGAAAGUUAUUUGACUCAAAAUGUUCCUCAUCAAUUGUUGCCGAAAUUACUAUAUUUAAGAGUGCUCUCUUUUAGUGGGUACCGCAUAGUUGAGCUACCGGAUUCAAUUGGUGAUUUGAAGCAUCUACAGUACCUUGACCUUUCUUACACUUUAAUUAGAGGCUUGCCUGAAUCAACAACCACUCUUUACAACUUACAAACAUUGAUAUUGAAGAAAUGUCGUUUACUAAAGGAACUGCCUUCGAAGUUGGGGAACUUGGUCAGCUUGCGCCAUCUCAACAUUCUAAAUGCAAACAAGCUGGAAGGAAUGCCUCCUCAAAUAGGUAAAUUAACUCAUCUCCGAACAUUAUCUAAUCUAAUUGUUGGAAAAGGCAAUUGCUUCGUGUUAAGAGAGCUAGGUUCCUUGUUGCAUCUUCGAGGGACACUCAUCAUCUCACAAUUGGAGAAUGCGCGCAACUGA